GUGAGUUGUGGUGCAAUAAAGAUUGUUGGCGUCCAUGGAAACAAAUGUCAACAAAUCAUUGUCAUGGAUACAAAUAUGCACCAUUGUAUUUUUACCUUGUGGGAGGAUUUUGCUGAGAUUGAUGGAAGCGACCUAGCUGCACAAAUUGAAGAACAUCCAGUAAUCCUAGCAAAACGAAUUGCACGGUCUUCAUAUACAGGAACAUCCUUGACAACAAGAUAUAAUUCUGUAAUAUUGAUAAAUCCAUCCUAUCCACAGGCUGCAGAAUUGAUGAACUGGGCAAAAGAGAAUGAAGAAAUGUCGAGCACAUAUACGCAAAGAAGUUCUCUAGAAACAGCUUCAUCACCAAUUUUUAUAUCACUAAAUGAUGAGGCUAUACCUAUAGGAGAUAUCCAAGCACAACCAGCGAUGCAAUCUUUUCACGUUGAAGGUAAAAUAUCGUUCUUUGGAUGAUGAGCAGCUGUUUUAUGAGUUAAUGUGUUCAAAAUGCAAGAACUUUGUUAGGACCAAAAUAAUGAAGGCUAUUGACUGUGUAAACUGUGAUCAGCAAGCAAUGUUAACACCCAGGUGCCGCUUUCAAGUCCAAAUUGCAGAUGGAAGUGGAUCGACAAUUGCAACAUUAGUAGGUGAACUUGGAGAGAAUCUUCUUUCAAUGAAAGCUGAACAAAUCUAUGAAACAAUUAACAUAAAGGUACAAAUCAAUUAGAAUUCUUUCUUAAGUAACUUCUGGACAAUAAAUUUUCUAGACCAUCUUAAGUUUAUAAUUGUUUUCUGUUUCUUUUAGUGAGCUUGCUGGCUAUG